AUGACUAUCACAGAUUUGUCUAGCAGCAAUUUGAUGCCCCUUCAGCUAACAGAAGAAGAGGCAAAGACAGUCGCUUCAAAGAAUCUGCAGGCUCUUGUCCAACAAAGCUGCUCCAUGCAGGCGGAGUUCAAAAAAUUCGUCGAAAAAACGAACAAAUCCAACAUGAGCGAGAUUCAACUUCUGAAAAGGUUGUUUGAAGUCGUUGCCGAGAUCACCACUGCUGUCGAAGAGGGUUACGAGUACCAGGGCGACCUGGACAACUUCUGGAAAACAUUCAACGACUACUACGGCCGUGAUAGAAUCGAGAACAUCAAUCUGAAAAAACCGUUCGAGGAACUGGAGAGAAGGAUGCAAAAAAAAUGGUUUCGCCCCAGUGUGUCAGACGAGUCCAGCUCGUCUAGUCAAGGGGUUGCUCCAGUUCCUCAAAAACUGGCCAGAUCGUCCGAAUCAGCUCAACGAGAAGAAUAUAGAAAAGAUGAAGGUUUUACAUUCGAAAUGCCAGAAAAUGAGGACAUUUUGAGCAAUUUCCUUCAAAAUGGAAGGACUUCCAAAUACGAAGAUGAAGAUGAUGGCAGACAAGUGGAUGAAGAUGAAUUUAGUGGCAGUUCGGAUUCUGAGAGCGACGACGAUAUGGGACCAGGCGAUUGGAUUAAUAUGCUCCGUGAGAUCCGGAGCAAGGAGAAGCUUAUCAAUCUCACAUUGGACAGUUUCAAAGCAAAUCUGAAACAUGCUUCCAUCGAAUCCCACUUCAUCAAAGCAGUCCGGCUUUCAACCAGACUCUGCUUCAGAAUGGCCCAGCUGAUUUUGGACUCGAAGGAUUUGGAUGCAAUGGCAGUCCAAGAGAUGGUCAAGGUUGUUAUAAAGCAGUUGAGGGAAUCCAUUAAUGUCUUGGCCGGAAACAAGGCACGCCACACACCUAUCUUCGCCAACUUUACAAACGUCGUCAGGAAAAACUUGGAUGAACUCUGGAAAGUAUGGAAAUCGGUACUAUGUGAAAUGGAAAGAAGAGAAAGAGAGAAGAGAACUGCUCCAUCAGCCUUCAACGGUGUAAUGGAUGAGCAGGAAGUGGAAAUGGAUGAUAUGGAUAGAUUUGAUGAUGGAAUGGGAGGCAGGAUUCAAGUGGAAGGACUGGAUAGAUGUGAAAAUGAGGGACCAGAUGUCGAUAUCGGAUUUUCAGACUGGCUGGCUAAUACAGAAACUAACAAUCAUCCAUCAACAUCAGGAUCUAGUCAACAGAAGCCACGAAACAAAAGCUCGAAACCGUAUUCUGUCAAGCCAACGAGAAUCAAUUUGAAAAAAGUUGCUUCUAACAGAACUUCAAACAGAAAGAUUCCCAAGAGAAUGGAGGAUUCAGAUGCCAACGAAGUUGACUAUUACCUGGCAAUGUCCCUCAACCUGUUCGAAGAUCCGUCAGACAUCAACAGCCUGCCCCUGGAAAAGCGAACUCUUCUGAGGGAUCUAACGGAGGACGCACGCCAGUUCUUGGAUACUGAGUGUUCCCAAAGAGAUGAGGUGUUCUCUGAAGAUCAACACCACGAAGCCAUGAAUAAAGUCUUCGACAAGCUCACCGAAACCGUCAAAGAUAAAUUGACGCCAACUGUAAGCUGUGACGAGAUUAAGAAGGAAUUGUUGAAGAAUGGAAAGAAAAGAGACAACAAGAAAGCCGGAGAGCAGUGGAAUUUGAGAAAGAAAGUUGUUCCACUUUUGCUGACCACGAUGUUAAAAUUUGAAUUGGCUAACCAAACUGGAACAGAAAUCGUCGACAUGGUGAUGAAUUUCAAUCUCGGGGCGGCGUUUGACAUCGAAAGUUUUCAACCAUCCACCUCUCCGGCCAAUCAGAAGUUUUUCAUGGGAAAAGGAAUGGACGAGAAAUAUGGAGGAGACGCGGGAGUAGUUCUGCCAAUUAACGUCAUAGAUGGCAGGAAAGUGAAGACAGCGGAUCAAAUUGAAGAAGCUCGUGCAAAAAUGAAUAAGACGAUGGCUACUGUCGUUUCCCAUUUCGGAGAAGGAUGUGGUUUGAAAACGGAGUUAUUCACGGGACAGAAUCUCAAGAAAGUUUUGGGAAAGAGAGCAGUUCCAGUGAAGACCCAGCUUCCACAGCAAGUAACUUCUAAUUUCAACCCAGUGUCUUUCAUGAAAAUGAAGAAGUGGAAAGACGUGGACUCAACGGACGCAAAGAAAACUGUGGAGAGAAUGAGAAACACCUGGCGAGUGAAAGAACAAAAGGAUGACUUGGUGUUGGAAGAUGCUCUUGAGUAUCAAGAAGAACGUGCUGAAAAAGGAGAAAAGCGUAAGUCUGAAAUUUUUAAAAUAUUUUUUCUUACGUUUCAAUUUUCAGUGAUGGAGAAAUAUUUGAAAGGAGGAAUGGAGAAAAAUGUGUUUUGGGGAGAGUGGAGAAAGCAACUCAUCGAUAGUCAAAACAAGUUUUGGGAAAAACACCAGAAGAAGGGAAAGGAGAUUGGAGAGGAAGCAACUUCAAAUUUCGUGACUUCAUUGUUCAUCACAAAUUUGGAGCUAGACGAUGAGAGUUGUCCAGAGCAGAUGGCGGAGAUUCGGAAGAUGUGGCACUUCCUCCAGCCAAGGCAACAGUUGAUGGCCCACAUCCUCGGAACCGUUUCCGGAAUCAAUGCCGUCCAGGUCUACAUCAAAGAAGCUGGCGCCAGAACUCCAGCUCAUCAAGAGAACCUCUGUGUGGCUUCGAUUAAUUGGAAUAUUGGACCAGGAGAAUGUAUUUGGUACAUGGUUCCGUUGGCGUUUGCGGCGAAGAUGGAAGCGUUGCUUGCCAAGAAGCAACUUUACCAAUAUUAUGACAACUGGUGGCCAUGCAAGAAGGACUUGAAAGAUCACGGAAUCUCCUACCAAAAGAUUAUUCAAAAAAAGGAUGAUCUCGUUUUUGUUGGAGUCGGAUCCUACCAUUGGGUGCAAGCGAUCGGACCAUGUGUCAACGUCAGUUGGAACAUCGCGGAAAAAAGUGUGGAUCAGUUGCUAGCCAUGGCGCUCUACAACGACCACACGGCUAUGCAAAGCUACAGCCCUGACGUUCCACUUGAAUCGAUGGUUUUGGACAUGCUGGAGAAGAACAUUCCGACGGAGGACGGCCAGUUCGAUGAGCUCACAUUGGCUCUCGGUGCAAGAUGUCUCGCUAGAUGUCAGCUCAAGUUUGAAUUUGCAAAAGAGUGCAAUUUGGUGAUGAAGCCACGUUCCCAGCUUCGAAAUUGGCUGGAUUCGGUAGGCGUGGACGACUCAAACUGGGAGAAAUUUGAGAAAGAUCUUCUGGUGCCAAUCUGCGCCUCAAGGGGAACGCCGCCAAUUCGAGAAUGUACUCGAAAAAUUCAAGCCAAUGCAUUCGUUUUGGAAACUUUUGAAGGCGUCAUAGAAGUCAGAUGUCUCAACCAAAAAGUGAGUUAUUUUACACUGAAACAGUGCGCAUUGAUAAAUAUUAUUUUUCAGGCUGAAGGAUUCUGUGUGCUUCUACAACCACUCCAUGCAGUCUCUCAUCGAAAUUUAUGA